CAUCAACCAACCCGUCGACACAGAGAGCUUCCCAAGCGCUCCCUAGGACUCACGGCUUGCCCAAGCCAACAAACGUCACCCCACCGGAAUUGCAAUUUAUGAGGCAUCGAUGGAAGAUGGCAUUUUAAUAAGCACACAGGGUGAAGUUACCAAGAAACCUCGCCCUUUCACUCAUUACUCACCACAAUGGAUUCAAGGUACGAAGAUGAAGGCCCCGGACCUCAGCUCUCAGUGGAGCUUUUACGGUCAAUCUGGACGACCCAACAAAACGAUGACGAUGAUGCCUCGUCUAACCGCGAAAACAUCCCCGCGAAUUCCGCUAUUGGUAAACGCAAGCGACAGGAUUCUGAGGUGUUACGUGAUCCGUCGCCCCCACUGGUGGAGAACAAUGCGAAGCCACUGAGUCCAUUCAAGUCGGUCAAAUUGAAACGACCACAACGAGCGAAGCGAGUGGCUUCUGAAACAGCCCGCAACAAUCGUGGUCGAAAAGAUACCUAUGUUAUUCCUGAUACACCUAAACCUCUGAAACGCUUCACUCGUAAUGUGGGGCGGCAUUCUAUUCCAAAAACUGGGACUUUUAAUGAUUUCGAUAGCGAGCUAGAUAAAGAGGGCGAUUCAAGGGCAGCGUAUCGGUCUAAUCGUGCAGGACCUAAUGUAACGAACCUUCGAGACGAUGAGAAAGUUUCAGCUAGUGGAGAGUGGUCCGACUCCUGGUCUGAAGAGGAAGAAAGUGCAGAUGAAGAUCAACAUGAUGAGAAUUACAGAAGUGAAGAGGAAGUCAAAGAGUAUACCGGAAACAGAGGACUGAAACAAACUGAAUAUGCAGAACCACCCCCAAGUCUCAGCACUCCGCGGCGUUCAUCCCGGUUAAGAGUGCUACGUUCGCACCCGUCGUAUGGACUUUUCAGAUCUCAUCGAAGGUCAGAGCAGGCGUUUAGCUCGCCUAAAUCUGCUGGGAGUAAACGACCAUUAACCAGACUAAUGAAAAAAAUGCUAGACAGCGUUGAAGCAGGCGAGCCUCCCCACUCGUCUCCACCGCCUCAGAGCAGAGCUGCAGAGUCGGAGAAUGGGGACGGCAGUGAUGUUUCUUCGGCCGGGGAAGAUCCAACGCAUGAGGACUCUCAACAAGCCGGAAAUCGUGCGGUUAUAUCCCCGCCUGAAAGCCCUGAGAAUAACGCAUGCGAAGAAGGUGGAGAUGUCGAUACCGAGAAUGAGCAUCGGAUCGCUCCUCAUAGUGCGUCUGAGCAUGACGUUCAAAUUAGGACCGGAAGCGAAAACAAUGAAUCAGAUCACGAAGUGCAAAGCGAGCAUGAGAGCGUCUCUGACAUCUGUGAUUUCGAGGAUGGAUCUGAAAUGGAAUCCGAGUCUGGAGAAACGGAUGUUGAGGAGGUCCCUAUGCAAGAUCCUGAUGAUGUAGACUUUUGGUCUGCCGCCGCGCUUUUUGGCCAACAUACCAACUGGUCCGAUCUUUUUGCAGAAGUCAAAAAGCUCAUCCCGAGUCCCAACCUCACACAAAGGAGCCCUCUUCUACGUAAACCUCUAGCAGCAAUCACGCAAGCCAAGCAACUCUACGCCCGAACAAGAGAAAUUCGACAGGACUAUCAAACGGUGCCGGACUACUUGUGCGAAGCAGAAAAAUCCAAUGCCCAGAAGGUCGUAGAGCAAAUAUAUCACAUCUUAUCUAAUAGAGUCCGUCUAGUUUUCGAUGAGAAGGGUAACCUUGUUAGCGACAAUCGUGAGCUGAAGCGAAAACGGCAAGCCGUCCUUGAGAUUGCUGUCUAUGCUGUACCGGGAGUAGUAAGCUUAUUGAAAUUAUGCCUCGCAGCACACUACAUCGAUAAUGAGCUCUCUAUUGACGGAAUGAAACAGUUGACACAGCUGCUGCAAUCAUUUUCCCUCUUGUGCGAAAGGAUCCAGCCCAAGUUUUUCCGGCCAUACAUCCAUUUCGGAGACACUCUCCAGCAGAUCAGAGUCGUGGUUCGUUUCUUGUGGACGAUUUUUGAUAGCCAAUCGAACCGGCUACUGACCAAACGGCGACUGGAACGAUUUAACAACAUUCAUCAGAAAUGGGUUGGGCCUCGUCGAAGCAUGCAAUACAAGCGCCCGCAUCGCCAAGAAGUAACCCUGCCGCCGACAGAUGAUGAGCAGGAUGAUCAUGUUUCCAUCAUAUCUAUUGAUGAAAACUCAUCAAACGAACAGCUACCUGAGGGUCCAGACGAGUUUCCCUGGACGACGGCGGAGAGCGAAGCGCUUGUUACCGGUUUAGAGAGAUAUCAAGGCCUCGAUCGGUAUACCAUGAUACGUCGCGACUUCAGGACAGAGCUGAGCGGUCGAACCAUGGAAGACCUGCGCGUGAAGGCGCGGGAGAUUCGAGAUUCAUAUGUUGCUGCGGUGCGGCUUGAUAAUCUUACCAUGGACCCGCGACAAUGGGGUUGGCUCUUGGAAGUUUGAGUGAAACUAGUACAUGUACCUUUACAUCAGUUCGGUAUUUAUUUUACGGAAAAUGACAUUUCCUUGCAUAUGUUCUAUGUGUAAUGGAGUAUACACAUCGCUAUAGCUUCGCCCAUGUCGACCUGGUGUAUGCUGCCUGCGAAGGUGUUCCCGUCGAGAUCCUACUUUAUCCGUGCUAUGAUUUGAAGCAUCUUCCCUAAGGCUUAUGGAACGAGUAACGGCACUAUCCAUGGAUGACUAUUUCCGCGCUUGCCCUCUCAGACGUCAAUCCCUCAUCCGAACAGCUUGGCGCAGAGCCUGAAAAAGAGUCACUAUUCACGUAUUACAACAUUCAUAGGCUAUGCUAGAAGUGUAACCUAUCGUGCGAUUACCCCUGGUUCCGCACAAUCAUUAAAAAAAAUAGCUAGUUCGCAAAACUCCUACGUCUGAAAUACAAAUGUUGUUCUCCCCGCUGCUCUUCGGUUUAACUGAUCUGAAGAUCGAUGGUUUCGAGGGCAGCGAUGGAGCAUUGAAUUGAUUGGAUGGAAGAAUAUGUGUCAAUCCAAAUUCAUUGAUUGACGGACGAGCCCUAUUCGAUGCGGUUCUCGGUCCCAGGGAUGAGAGAAGAGGUGUCGAAGGAAGUAUUUUGGCGUACUUCGAAGGAGUAUAGGGUAAAGUAAAUUCGACCACCACUUCAAGCUAUUGAAUAAUGCAAGGUCAUUACGGGCUCUUUAGCUGGGGGGGAGGGCGUUGGCUUUGUCGCGGUGGAAGGGGUGGGGGUGGAGGAAAGGGGAUAGGUGGGAGGUUUUGGUCGUUGGCAAGGGUGAGGGUUGCGGUUGCGGUGAGGAGGGGGCCGAUGCGGAGGAGUUUGUGCGGGUCGAGCAGGAGGGUGGAGGCCAUUGUUGUGUUGUGUUCUUGAUUGAUAUGGAUCGUUUCGUAGGGUGUGUUUUUGUCGGUAACUAACUAUAUUCCGAGGGUGUGGUUGAGUAUAUGCUCCCUUAGGGAUGCAGGACUUAUAGUGUUGGGAGGUCUGCGGAGCUAUAAGUUAGUUGACCUAGAUAUUAUAGCUAACUAGUUAUAUAUACCACCAAAUCACUCCAUCCCGGGUCUGCUCAGACCAGGUGGAUACUCGUCUCCCUCCCUGGCGAGAUGGGAGGAUCCCGCGCUAUUAGCUAUAAACAAGGGGGUUCAAGUACGACAGAAUCGCCAGCGGCGGGGUUCCGGGAUAGUAGCGGCAGGCCGGUUAACAGGAGGGUUGCCGGAGCGCUUUACUCCAAUUCAUGCUCUCAACAGCUGUGAUAUCCCGCCAUACCAUACCAAUAGCAGACAAAUAAUGAUGGGAUUGAAUAUUUUCAAACAAGUGCAGCCGUGAAGCCAAGCUCAUUGGGCG